UAGUGCAGGUGCCGCUGCGCCGGGCGGGAGGCUACGCGCCGAGCCGAGCGGAGCCGCGGAGGGAUGGGGAGCGGGCCGCCCGGUCUGCAAGAGCCGCAGGAGCCGCGGGAGCACCGGCACGGGGCGUAGGCGGCGCGGGGCACUUUGCGAUAGGAUGAGGCUCCUGGCUGGCGCGCGGUAGUACUAUGAUUUGGUAUGUGGCCACUUUGAUAGCAAGUGUGAUCAGCGCCCGAGGUCUUGCGGCUCAAGGUGCCCACGGCCUGCGAGAGGAGCCCGAGUUCGUGACCGCGAGGGCCGGCGAGAGCGUGGUCCUGCGAUGCGACGUGGUCCACCCGGUGACGGGGCAGCCCCCGCCCUAUGUCGUCGAGUGGUUCAAGUUCGGGGUGCCCAUCCCCAUCUUCAUCAAGUUUGGCUACUACCCGCCCCAUGUGGACCCUGAGUAUGCAGGCCGCGCGAGCCUCCACGACAAGGCAUCCCUGCGGCUGGAGCAGGUGCGCGCCGAGGACCAGGGCUGGUACGAGUGCAAGGUGCUCCUGCUGGACCAGCAGUACGACACCUUCCACAACGGCAGCUGGGUGCACCUCACCAUCCACGCUCCUCCCACCUUUACAGAAACCCCCCCCCAGUACAUCGAGGCCAAGGAGGGCAGCAGCAUCACCAUGACCUGUACAGCUUUUGGGAACCCGAAGCCCAUCGUCACCUGGCUGAAGGAGGGGAUGCUGCUAGGUGCCAGCGGCAAGUACCAGGUGAGUGACGGCAGCCUGACGGUGACUUCGGUCAGUCGGGAGGACAGAGGUGCCUACACCUGUCGCGCGUACAGCAUCCAGGGGGAGGCCAUCCACACCACCCACCUGCUCGUCCAAGGACCUCCCUUCAUCGUCUCCCCUCCUGAGAACAUCACUGUCAACAUAUCCCAGGAUGCUCUGCUCACCUGCCGGGCAGAGGCCUAUCCCGGCAACCUUACCUACACCUGGUACUGGCAGGACGAGAAUGUCUACUUCCAGAAUGAUCUGAAGCUGAGGGUGCGGAUCCUGAUCGACGGGACCCUGAUUAUCUUCCGGGUGAAGCCUGAGGACGCGGGGAAGUAUACCUGCGUCCCCAGCAACAGCCUGGGACGCUCGCCCUCGGCCUCGGCGUACCUGACCGUGCAGUACCCAGCCCGCGUCCUCAACAUGCCCCCCGUGAUCUAUGUGCCUGUGGGAAUUCAUGGCUACAUCCGCUGCCCUGUGGACGCAGAGCCACCGGCCACCGUGGUCAAGUGGAACAAGGACGGCCGCCCCCUGCAGGUUGAGAAGCAGAACCUGGGCUGGACCCUGAUGGAGGACGGCUCCAUCCGAAUCGAGGAGGCCACAGAGGAGGCUCUUGGCACUUACACCUGUGUGCCUUACAACACCCUGGGGACCAUGGGCCAGUCCUCCCCCGCGAGGCUCGUCCUGAAGGACCCCCCAUACUUUACGGUGCUACCAGGCUGGGAGUACAGGCAAGAGGCCGGCCGGGAGCUGGUCAUCCCCUGCGCCGCCGCCGGGGACCCCUUCCCUGUCAUCACGUGGAGGAAGGUAGGGAAGCCCAGCAGAAGCAAGCACAGCGCCCUGCCCGGCGGGAGCCUGCAGUUCCGCGCCCUGAGUAAGGAGGACCACGGGCAGUGGGAGUGCAGCGCCACCAAUGUGGUCACCAGCAUCACUGCCAGCACCCACCUGACUGUCGUCGGCACCAGCCCCCAUGCCCCGAGCAGUGUCCGGGUCCAGGUCUCCAUGACAACUGCCAACGUGUCCUGGGAGCCAGGCUACGAUGGAGGAUUUGAGCAGACAUUCUCUGUUUGGUACGGACCUCUGAUGAAGCGGGCACGGUUUGGGCCCCACGACUGGCUGUCCCUGCCUGUGCCUCCGGGACCCAGCUGGCUGCUGGUGGAUGCCCUGGAGCCCGAGACAGCAUACCAGUUCAGUGUCCUGGCCCAGAACAAGCUGGGCACCAGCGCCUUCAGUGAGGUGGUCACUGUGAACACUUUAGCAUUCCCUGUCACAACUCCAGAACCCCUGGUGCUGGUUACCCCACCGAGGUGCCUCACAGCCAACCGGACCCAGCAGGGUGUGCUCCUGUCCUGGCUCCCACCUGCCAACCACAGCUUCCCCAUCGACCGCUACAUCCUGGAGUUCCGCGUCGGAGAGCGCUGGGAGACGCUGGAUGACGCCAUACCUGGCACUGAUGGGGACUUCUUUGCUAGGGACCUGUCCCAGGACACGUGGUACGAGUUCCGGGUCCUGGCUGUCAUGCAGGAUCUGAUCAGCGAGCCCAGCAACAUCGCCGGCGUCUCCAGCACAGACAUCUUCCCGCAGCCGGACCUGACCGAAGAUGGCCUGGCUCGGCCGGUACUGGCUGGAAUCGUGGCCACCAUAUGCUUCCUGGCUGCGGCCAUCCUGUUCAGCACCCUGGCCGCCUGCUUUGUCAACAGGCAGCGCAAGCGGAAGCUCAAGCGCAAGAAAGACCCUCCACUCUCCAUCACGCACUGCAGGAAGAGCCUGGAGUCUCCCUUGUCCUCCGGCAAGGUCAGCCCCGAGAGCAUCCGCACACUCCGCGCCCCGUCCGAGUCCUCCGACGACCAGGCCCAGCCGGCGGCCAAGAGGAUGCUGAGCCCCGUGCGGGAGAAGGAGCUGUCCUUGUACAAGAAGACCAAGAGGGCCAUCAGCAGCAAGAAGUACAGCGUGGCCAAGGCGGAGGCCGAGGCGGAGGCCACCACGCCCAUCGAGCUCAUCAGCAGGGGCCCCGACGGCCGCUUUGUGAUGGACCCCUCCGAGGUGGAACCCUCUGCGAAGGCUCGGCGCAUUGAGGGCUUCCCCUUUGCGGAGGAGACCGACAUGUACCCUGAGUUCCGCCAGUCGGACGAGGAGAAUGAAGACCCGCUGGUGCCCGCGUCUGUGGCCGCCCUCAAGUCCCAGCUGACCCCUCUGUCAUCCAGCCAGGAGUCUUACCUGCCACCACCAGCAUACAGCCCUCGGUUCCAGCGCCGCAGCCUGGAGGGCCCUGGCGGCCUGGAGGGCCGGCUCCAGGCCACUGGCCAAGCCAGGCCACCCGCUCCCCAGCCCUUCCACCACGGCCAGUAUUACGGGUACCUCAGCAGCAGCAGCCCUGGGGAGGUGGAGCCGCCGCCCUUCUACAUGCCGGAGGUGGGCAGCCCCCUGAGCUCUGUCAUGUCCUCGCCACCUCUGCACACCGAGGGGCCUUUCGGCCACCCCGCCAUCCCCGAGGAGAACGGAGAGAACGCUUCCAACAGCACGCUGCCCUUGACUCAGACGCCCACCGGCGGGCGCUCCCCAGAGCCCUGGGGCCGGCCGGAGUUCCCCUUUGGGGGACUGGAGACCCCGGCCGUGGUGUUCCCCCACCAGCUGCACCCGUGUGAUGUGGCUGAGAGUCUGCAGCCUGCAGCCGGCCUCCCCCGAGGACUGCCGCCCGCCUCCCUGCCGGUGCCCGCAGCCUACCCGGGCAUCCUGUCUUUGGAGGCGCCCAAGGGCUGGGCUGGCAAGGCGCCGAGCAGAGGCCCUGCCCCAGUGCCCCCCGCCGCCAAGUGGCAGGACAGGCCUGUGCAACCUCUGGUGAGCCAAGGGCAGCUGAGACACACCAGCCAAGGCAUGGGCAUACCCGUGUUGCCUUACCCCGAGCCGGCCGAGCCGGGGGCGCACGGCGGCCCCAGCGCGCUGGGCCUGGACACCCCGUGGUAUGAGCCUCAGCCCCGGCCCCGGCCCAGCCCCCGGCAGGCCAGGCGCGCCGAGCCCAGUUUACAUCAAGUGGUGCUACAGCCCUCCCGGCUCUCGCCUCUGACCCAGAGCCCCCUCGGCUCGCGCACCAGCUCCCCCGAGCUCGCCGCGCGGGCCCGGCCGCGCCCCGGCCUCCUGCAGCCCGCUGAGGUGUCGGAGACCGCCCUGCAGCCGCCGGCUGCCGUCAGCUUCUCGCGCAAGUCCACGCCGUCCACGGGCUCCCCGUCCCAGAGCAGCCGCAGCGGCAGCCCCAGCUACCGGCCCACCGUGGGCUUCACCGCUCUGGCCACGGGCUACCCCUCCCCUCCGCCGGGCCCCGCAGGGCCUGUGGACCACUUGGAUGUGUUUGGACAGACGCCUUCCCCUCGGAGGGUGGGGGAGGAGCUGCUCAGACCGGAGCCGCCCCCGCCACCGUUACCUACCGCAGGGACACAUCCACCUGCUCCUGGGAAUGCUGCUGUACCUGAGAGGCUGGAGGCUCUGAAAUACCAGCGGAUAAAGAAGCCCAAAAAGUCAUCCAAGGGCUCCUCGAAGUCAAAGAAACGAUCCGAUGGUUCUGCCUCCCAGGCUCAGAACCUUCCAAACUCUCAGGUCCUGUGGCCCGACGAAGCUGUCUGCCUCCGGAGGAAGAAGAGACAUUCCCGGCCCGACCCCUUUGCCCGACUCUCAGACUUGUGCCACCGCCAGCUUCCGGAAGACCAGACGGCAAUUCUCAGCAGCGUGGAGCACGAUGAUCCUGGCCACGCCACUUUGCUGUGAUGCCACAACUUAAGCGUCCCCUGGGCGAGGAUGCUGGCCGAGGGGCAAGGGUGGGCACGGGUGAUGGGUGUGCAGGGCUUCGUCCUCUCCUGCCAGUGGAGGGGUGGCCUGGUCGUUAGUUUCCAGGGCUGCUCAGACCCUGGUUCUGCUUGUUCUCCCUUUGGCCUGAGCGGGUGUCUCCUCUGCAUCCUGGCCUGCUGGCCUCGUGUCCAGCAGAGAGGGCUGAGGGCAGACUGGCCGCCGUGGCUGUGUGUAGAGCUCGGGAAGUGAACUGGGGACAGGGAGAGCUAUGCCUCCUCCCCCGCCUUCCCCUCUUCACUGGAUGGAUUUUUCCCACCUCCUCAAAUAUCUCUGGAGUGCAAAAGAGGAAGCAAUGGCUCUCACUGCUGUCUGCUUCUGUUCAGUUUCUCAAGUCCUGAAAGAGGGCUGGACUUCCUGCCAUCUUCCAGACUCUACAUAUAUAUAGAUAUAGAUGCAAAUGCGUAUGUGUGUAGUUUGUGGGUUUCUUUAUGUAUAUAUAUGUACGUGGAAGCAAAUGCUGUUUACUUCUGUGGUCAGUGGAAGGAGGAGGGAGAGGGCAGCUGGCAUGUGGGCUUUGUGAGGGGCUCGCGGGGGCCCUGGUGUCUCUAUCUCGGGAGUGAGUCCUUCUGAAGUGGGAUUCAUGCCUUCUCAGCUGAAUUCCCCGUUUGUCUUGACCUUCUCCCAUUCAGAGUGGAAGUAGGGGCUUGCCAUGAUUCCUGCUGCCUGCUUUGGGGGGUUCAGCAGUGAGUUACCACAGAACUAAACACAGCCUUUAUUUCUUGGUUCUGGGUGAAGAAGGGUGGCUGGUGAACGGCCAGACAGGCAUCUCUCUUCGUUUCAUGGUUUGGCUCAGAAGUAGAAGCUGCUUAGCAGCGGGGCCGGGAGGUGGCCCUGUGCUCAGACUCAAGCUCAUCGUCAGCCCGUUGGUCCAGCCAGGCUUGGAGCCCUGUGGCCGAGGGCCUCCCACUCUGGAGCCAUCUGUGCCGAGCACCAGGCGCCGUGGCUCUAUUUAUAUCCCAGCCUGGCUCCGCACCCUCUGGAGCGCUGUUCCAAAGCCCUGAUUGGAUUCCUCCUUUCCUUUUGUGGGAGCUAAUUCCCCAGAUUGAUUAAUUGCCACGUGUGGGGAGCCCGCCCGCGCUCCUCUCCAUGCUUCCCACGUGCAGCCCGCCGCAGACCUGAGCUCCCACAGGAUGGGAUCAGAUAAAGCUGGGGGGCCUCAGAUUCUGGGUUCUGGGGGUGCUCAGGCCCCUAUUCCCCCAGGUCUGUUUAUAUAGAACUGGCUGAGGCCUGGGAGUGAAGCUGGAAGGGGUGGGAGGCAGGAGCCAGGCUCCAUCCUUUCCCUGCCGAAUUCUUGUCCUAACUCAGACUCUUAGCACCCAGAAGCUUCUGCGAGGUCGUCUUACAGUGACUACAGAUGUAUCUCUCUCUUCCAGUAAGGUAACGGCGCUGCCCUCGACAGGGCAGAAGGCCUCAGUGUGGCUGGGGUGCGUCUGGCGUCCUUCUCCUCUCGUGCAGGAGCCUGCUCUUCCGGCCACCCGAGAAUCGAGGGGGCUAUCAGGUUCUGCCAAGUACUUCCUUCUUGGUGCUGCUGUCUUGGUGGGUUUGGGGACAUCCCUUGUCCCCAGAUGCCUGCUUGGAUGUUGGCCCAGUCAAAGCACUGGAGACUUCUGUGGCUCUCAGCCCGGUGACCCAGGCGAGGCGGCCCGAGAGCAGGCAGCUGCACAUCCCGGGGAGCUUCCAUCCUAGGGGUGAAUCUGCUGCCACGCAGACCCGCCCCGUGCUUCCUUCUCUUGCCCAGCGAGUGGGGACCAAUUCCACCCUUGAGGCUCUGCCUCAGAAGUCACAAAAACCACAGUUUCUUUCCAAACGCGACACAUCGUGGAGAAAGGAGUGGGAGGGGCAGCACUUGUAGCCUCGCCGUGUCCACUGCCCAGCCCCCGGGUGGAACCUGCGCCAUCUGGCCAGUGCACUUCGCUGGGCACCAAGUCCAAGUCCAAGCCACCCUCCGGGCGGCAGCUCCAGCGAAGUAGCGACUCUGCUUCCUUCCUGAGGCAGCACUACCUCUGCCACCGUGCCCGACAGGGGACACAUGGGCACCUCCUCUGGGCCCUGGGGUCGGUUGUGGCCUUUGUGCGCACUCUCAUGGUGGCUGUUUCUCGAGCAGAGCAGAUCCUGCUGGACUGUACGUGGGACGUCAGGGCUGUGUGUCUUCAGGGUGAACUAGGCCACCCUUUCUGAGCCCCGUGCUGGGACUGUAGGCCCCGAGGUUACAACAGAAGAGGAGAUGGGGGAAGGCUCUGCUGCUUUACGGUGGCAUACAGGGCCCCGCCCAUGAGCCAUCCCCAGUGGUGACAAAGGUGCUGACUUCUUCCUUCCUUCCUUCCUUUCUCUGGCUGUGCCCUGUACCUCAGCAGAUAAGACCAAAUGGUUGGAGCUGUGCUUUUUGCUGGCCACUGGGUGGCAGCUGGGCUGGGUGUCCCCAAAGCUGGGGAAGGACAUAAGGCCGACCUAUCUCUCAACAGCUUCGGACUCAUUUCUCCUCCCAAGAGGGCUUCCUUCUUGUGACAGUGUGCAUGGAGACUGGCAGCCUUCCUGCACCUUGGGGAGCUGGUUCAGUACUUCCUGUAAGGAUUGCGAUGGAAACUGGCAGAAUACAGUUCCCUCUGUCCACGAGGUGGAGACAGGGAUGUCACAGGCACACACUGAAGUGCUGAGUGUGAGCAUGUGCGAGAGGGUGUGCUCGUGAAUGUCUGCAUCGUGGGGUGCAGCCGUUUCUAAGGACCAGAUGUCCUUUGCGCUCUGCCCUUGAACAACUGCAGUGACGACUCUGAAGCUUCCUCUGACUUUCAUGCUCCAGUCCAUGGGAGAUCAGGUGUCUUCCAAACUGCCCCUUGGAUGAUCUGGUAGCCUUGCAUAGAAGUAACCUGCCCCUUCGUCCUGCAUCUUGCCUGGAGACUGCAGCUGUUUCAGGUUAGGUGACUCGGAGCCCGGGGAAAGGGUAAAGUGAUGCCAUAAGCUGUUUAAUAAGGAAAGUGGGUUUCCUGUUUCUUGAUUCGCUAGCUGACCAGCUGGGGUUGAGUGUGGGCCCCGCCCAGCACGCGGUGGUCAACUUUGUCUGUGAGCUCCCAGCCUGUCUCCCUCAGCUUUCCUCAGAGACACGGGUCUGAGAGGCCUUCUGAGACUCCGCUUUCUCCAGGGGAAGGAUGCUUCAUCCCACAGGGCGGGCAGGGUCUGCGCCCCCUUUGAGCAGGAGCCCAUGUCCCAUGGUCGUGUGCAGGGGGGUGUCUCAAGCAGGGGUGGACUGGAGGCAUAAUUAAUAUUUUUCAAUACUGUCUUUAUUUUUGAUUUGAGAUCUAAAAUAUUUGGGGUUAAACUGAUUUCACCUGUUUUCCUUUGCCCUUUUCAUGCAGAGGAAACCUGGUAGGAUUAACAGGUGAAAUUUCCUGACUAGGGUUUGUUUUUUUUUUUAAAGGUUGACAAGAUAGCUUCAGGGAGGAAACAGACUUCACAGAGCAUCAGGGCGACUUUGUCACUCGCCAGGAUUAGAAUUCGGGGCCAAGGUGUGCAUAGCUGGAGCUGUUUCUUCCAAUUUUGUUAGAAAAAGCCUUUUGGUGGAUUGGGGUGGGCUGGGGGAAGGAACUGUACAUAAAGUACAUUUUAUUACUAUGUAGAGAAACAUAGGGAAAGAAAAGCUCAUAGUUAACCCGAGGCUUGCUUUGCUUGCGUGUGACAGAGCUUUCGGCGGGGGCAUCACAGGGAUUGUUGGGGAACAGCAGGAAGGUAGAGUUCCUGGGGGCUCCCCUGAGUUCGUCCCCCAGCCCCUCUGGGAAGCGGGCAUCCAUGGCUCAGUUCUACCUUUCUAUCUUCAAAAUAAAGGGAGGCUGGAGGCUUGGAGUCCCGUGGGUCUGCAUUGUUGCCUUGAGGAGAGGACCCAGGAGUGUUUUGGGAAGGGCGUUAGAAAGCUGGAGUGUGGAGAGGAGGUCGGCUUUCUGCCGCGUGUCUGUAAGGCCGGAAGGGGAGUAGACAGCCAGGUCGGCCCCGGAGUGGGAGGCGGGGAUGGAUGUGACAGUAAGACCAAAGCGAGGGACAUCAAGCUUACCUUUCUCUCUGGGCACGUGGUAACUUAGUUACUAUUCAGGGUGCCGUGUACAGGUUGGGCGUGGCCCCAGGAAGAGAAAGAGGAGAGGCUGCCCUGGGGUGGGGUGGAGGCAGUGAAGACCUUUGCGGGGGGCGAUGCAGUCAUUGAAAGAAGCCUGGGGGUGAGUCUUGGAUCCCGAAGGGGUCUUGCUUCUUGGCUGGACGUCCUUGCUCCCUCUAGAGUCAGCCUACGACGCUGAGUGCCCAAACCAAGCAUGGAUGUAUUCUCUGUGAUGUCAGUUUGUGGGGACUCCUCAUGCCCAAAGCUGGGAGACUUGUCUUGGGGUCCCUGUGCUACCAGCAGCUCUGUGUUAGUGGAGAAGGAAGAACUGUUCUUAGGGAUUUGCAUCUGUUCUCAUAAGGAGAAGGGCAGCUGGCCUCUUCCAUGCUCUGAAACUGGUCCUGAGACAGUGUCGCUGGGGGAGGAGAGGAGGGACUGAGGCUGGGUUACACCUUUCCUCCUGAGGGGGCAAGACUGCAGCACAUCACAGAGCUACACAGUGGCUGUGUUCCUACCGCUUUCGUCCUCACCUCUCUUCUUUUGUGACAUGAAAGCUAGCAGUCUGGUGGACGUAGGAGGGUGAAAGGGUUCACCCUGAAAUCAGACCAGCCAUUCCUCUGUCCUCUUUGAUGUCUCCAAACCUGCCUCCUUUCACGUCAAGAGGCAGAAUUUAAAAAGUUGAUAAACCAAGGAUCAAUGCCCAGAUUGGACUUCAGCGCUUUAGCAACUCGAUGUUUGGUUAGGGGUGUCCAUUACCACCCCCUCUGACUGGCAGUGAAUCCACACUGGUCCAGUGCUUUAUUUCUGGGCCCCCUGUCUGUGCUUUCAAAUAAGUUUUUCAUGAGCAAGUAUAAUAUUUUGUUUGUUGGGUUACUGAGCGGGUAGAAGUGUUUCUAUGACCCAUUUUAAGCUAGAAGAAUAAAUCAAUAGGUUGACUCUUAGCCAAAGACAUUCCCACACCCCAAGGGUUUCUGUGUAGGAUGAGGAAAAGUGAGGCAUAAGUGCAAACAUCACUGCUGGCUGCCCAUACGUUCUAGAAGAGCUGGUGCAUCUUGACUGCUAAAUACUGGGGUAGAACAGCAGCCAUUAAUAAAAUCACUUGGACAGUCUCCUCCGUGGUGGGUCAGCAGUGGUAGUUAGGGUUUCCGAAGAAGGCUGAUGAAACAGUCAUUAGCUUCAGAUCACUGGCUGGGAGAGCUGGACUGGGGGGUUAGGGAGAAGUGGUACAAGUCCUCAGUUCCUGUCCCUGGUCCUUUGCCAUCUGUCCUUCCCAUCCCACUUGAUGGUGACAUGAAUGGCUGCUGGGCCUCUUCUUUUGGAGCUUGAAGACAUAUGCUCUACCAAUCCCUCCCCUCCCUGGCACUGGAUUCCCCGUCUUUAUUGUAGGACCCAGGCCACCCUCUCCCUUCCGCCCCAUAUGCACACCAGUUACUUCCUUUUCCUUCCUAUCCCACUUCACGGCUCCAGGGAUCCUGACCUUGUGCAUGGUUUAUGAUGGGGAAGUGGUUGGGUGGGGAAGGGAAUCUGAGAGGGGAGAAGGUUUGGGCUGGGGAGGGGGGAUUUGCAUUUUCAGCCUUACAAACACUGCCAGCAUGCUUUUGAUGAUGUGCAACAUACGUAGAAGGAAGGGGCAAAUGCCGACUUUCCUCCUAUUGGUUGAUGAGGGCUUAGGGGCUUUUUGGUCCUUUUUGGCUUAUGGCAUCUAAGAGACCUUGUUUCUGGUGUGGGGAGUAGACCUCCUGACGGCCAUCUUGCAGUCUUUGGAAGGGAAAUUGUCAGUCAGUCUCAACGAAUAUUUCUAUUGCCUACUGCGAACCAAGAGGGGUCUGUUGUGAACAGACAGUGUCCAGGCUGGGGCAGAGAGGUGGGAUUGUCUCACCUGUCUCUCUGCAGUCACCAGGCUAUCUCCCUGGUCUCUAGCCCCAGCCAGCUGUCUUGUCCAUGUUCCUUUCCUGGGCUCAGGAAGUGAGAGAGAGAGAGAGAGAGAGAGAGAGUCCCCGCACGCAUGCAUGUGGUAUGUGACGUUUGCAUGGUGUGUGUGUG